CUAGGGGUUUGAUGUAAUUUAAUAACUCCCCUCUCACGCCCUUUUAAGAGCCCAAACCCUAAUUCAUAUUUCACUCUGUAAUCCCUCGCACGCCGCUGCCAUUUGCGCUCCGAGCAUUUUGAAUUUGUGAGGAUGGUGAGGGUUAGUGUUCUGAAUGAUGCUCUUAAGUGCAUGUACAAUGCUGAGAAGAGAGGCAAGAGACAGGUCAUGAUUAGGCCUUCUUCAAAAGUUAUUGUCAAGUUUCUUCUGGUUAUGCAAAAGCACGGUUACAUCGGUGAGUUUGAGUACGUCGAUGACCACCGAUCCGGUAAGAUUGUGGUUGAAUUGAAUGGGAGAUUGAACAAAUGUGGGGUUAUCAGUCCUCGAUUUGAUGUUGGUGUCAAGGAAAUUGAACCAUGGACCGCUAGACUUCUUCCUUCAAGACAAUUUGGGUACAUUGUAUUGACUACUUCUGCUGGAAUUAUGGAUCAUGAAGAAGCCAGGAGGAAGAAUGUUGGUGGUAAAGUGCUUGGUUUCUUUUACUAAUAAAAGCAUGAUAUUUUGAUGGUUGACUUUUGUGUUUUUGAGAUUGAAUUUUGUCGAGGCAACCAUGGUUUCGGUUUUGUUUCAUCGAAGGUGUUGUUUGUCAUCUUGUGACUUGUUUUAUUUCACAGUUUUUUAUAAGAAACAUUUCUGGUAUGAGGUAUUUGUAUUGUGGUUAUAGUUGCA